AUUCCACGUUAGUAUCUGCUGCAGGAAAAUGUUUUUCAAGUAAAGUCUUCUUUAAACAUUUAAUUUAAAAGGUUAUUUUAUAGACUAGUCUUGACCAAAGGUAGGAUUUCUUAAGAGUACUACUAACCUAUUUAUAAGACAAAAUAUAAAUAUAUACAUAUAUAUAUAUAUAUAUAUAUUUAUAUAUCUUUAUAUAUGUGUGUGCAUAACCUCUAGUAUAAUAAUAUAAAUGAAUAAACUAUAUUUAUUCUAGCAAUUAGCGAAAGAUGUUUGGCUGGAAACUUCUAGUAAUAACCUUAAUUGUUACAAUUGUUGUCUGUAAUGCUUCCGCGAAGAAUGUUACCAAAAAUACUAAAAAAGUAAAUAAUAAGGAUAAAAAGAUUUUGGAGAGCAAAUCAUCGAAAAUAACUGUUAAACCCAAACAAAAAAAAUUACCUGUAAAAGUAACAAAAAGCCCAAAGCCAAUAAAAAAUAACUUAAAUAAAAAUUCAACAAAACAUAAAAAUAAGCAAAUUGGAAAUAAUUUAAAAUUAUCCAAGCAGAAACCAAAUCAUCCACAGCUUUUAUUUGACCGCAAUCACUUAAAAGCUUUAAGGAAUGGAUGGAAUAAGACUUCACCCUUUAUAAAGCAACAGAUUAUGCGUGUUGUUGAAAGAGACAUAAAGUUUCCUCUAACGGAUUUAAAUGAAACCUUCAUAACGAAACAUGGAUUCAUACUUGGAUCAAAUUUACCACUGUACACUAUAUACUGCGAAAUUCAUCAAAAUAAAACCUGUAAGGAAAAUCUAUUGGAAAUGAUGGAUUUUGUUGUCAAGUUGAAAACUUGGAAGGAUGAAAGGUUUAUGAGCGAUAAAACGUUAUCGACUAUGAUAUCAGGUUUUACGAUAUCAAUCGAUAUAAUUAUGGAUUCUUUACCAUCUUGGAGAAUAUCAAAAUACACAAAAAAGUUGGAACUAGAAGCUCAAAGGUUAUAUGCAGAUUCUAGAUCUUUGUGGUGGGGCUCGAAUCCUCUGCAUGAAAUUAGCGUAAAUAAUCAUAUGGCCCUCUUUCUUGUUGGUUUAUUUGGUAAAAUACAAAAAAACAAUAAUUCCUCUCUGUGGAUAGUUUCCGGUGGACGUUUUCUCGAUCGUGUUCUGCACAUAGCUAAUGGGGUCACCGACGGCUCACUACCUAUAUCCUUAUUAGAUAGUCAGAAAGCAAGCUUGCCCCUGAUGAUUUAUAUUCACCUGACAGAACGUCACUACCAAAUACCUGCAGCUGCCCAAAGUUGGAUAUAUUCCCAUUUAGUCUUUACGCUUCACGAAAUUUUACCACUUUUCUCCAUUCCUGAUUCAGUUGUUGAUCAACACCCCCGUUGGUGUUACGGACCAGAAGCACAAUUAGCUUUUCUUGAUCGCUUCGCGGCAGCUGAUGGCAGAGCUUCAUGGAUUUUGAAUAAAAUCCUUGUAAAUAAUGCAUACAAAGAUAUAAUCUCCGUAAGAAAGUCGUGGAAAGUUACACCUAGUCUAUUUUAUUAUUUAAUUUGGAAAGCCGAUGGUAUAAAACCCACUAGACCUCGCCUCACUGCAGGCUUAUUUCACCUCCCAGAUUCAGGUUUAUUGAGGUAUAGAGAUACUAACUGGGACUUAUUUCUCAGAGCUUCAAGACCCUAUGGGCCUACAGUUCAAGAUGCUCUAGAAAAAUCUACAUUAGAUUUCAGUUAUACAAAUUUAACUUCUCUUGAUGAACCCCCUUAUCAGGGCGGAUUUAAUUUAAUUAUUCGAGGAAUUCCUGUUUUCACUGCCUUUCAAGGAAGUGUUUUUACUGACCUACAGAAUUCAAUUAGUUUUCUUGUUAGAAACUCAGACGAAAAUGGUUGCCUUAAACCAUGGUUUGGACAACUUGGAGAAUGUUCGGAAAGACGCUCCUUAUUUUCGAAAUCAGAUGUUAUAGCUGCUACAAGAACGAUAAAGGAAUUGACGCUUUUGGCAGUAGACAUAGCUGACGCUUAUCCAUCCUUUCUAAAAUUAAAUAGCGUUCAGAGAAGAGUCCUCGUUUUAGGAUCCGAAAUGCUGAUCAUUGUUGACCAUAUUCACGCACACAGUGACACUCCUAUAAGAUUAAUGUCCUCUAGUUUUGCUAAUAUGUACUUUUCAUGGGAGGAGGGUAAAAGUUUACCAGGUUUUCCCGUCAACUUUCUAAACACUCCUGACGGUAAAAUACAAGUACAAGUUACGUCCCUCAGCUCUACAAGCAAACGAGUAAAAACGGAGAUUGUCAAUACCACUGUAAUUGAGAAGAGCGGAGGAAAGAUUGAUGUAAGCCUUCUAAAUGUCACCUUUGCACUAGAUGAUAGUUUAAGUACAAUCGUUUAUAUAAUUGGUGCACCAAAUGUUCAAGUUAUAUCAAAUAGAAUGGGAUCUCUCGAAUACGAAGUUAUUAUGAGAUACGCCGAUAGGAACAUUUGCGAAAUUAACGAUUUAAAAACGAAUGAUACAGUAUCGUUUGAAGCUUUUAAAUCGGUUAAAAAAAGAAAGAUAAUGGACCUAAAGAGGAUUGGAGCCCGUUCAAGUCCUUUUUUUAAAAGAGUUAGAAAUGCAAAAGAGUUUGGAAAAAAGUUUAGAAAAUAUUCACCAUUGACAAAAGAUUUCGAAUCAGAUGGAUUUGCCGACAUAGAUCAUAUUGUUGAAAAGGAUUUGAUAAAGAAAGCUACUCCAACAAAACCCUCUACCACACCCAUUACAACCACUGUUCCGGGAACAACUACUCAAUUUACUGACUGGAAUAUGAAAGGAUUAAACUCUAUUGAAAGAGAUAUCUUCCUACGAAUUCACUCUAGAAAGAUUGCCAGUAACGAAGAAGUAAAACAGCAACGACACGAAGUAAAUUACAAUAAAUUGCCGAAUUUAUCAACACAUCCCACAGUAGCAUUUACAGUUAUUGUUAUACUUUCAUUUAUUCUUGCUAUAAUCAUCUUUAAAAUAUUUAUAUUCAGUAAAAUGAAGCUUGUUAUCAUUGGUUUAGCUGUAUUUUUAGCUGGAAGUUUUGCUCGAAUAGAACCAAAUGAAGAAUUUCGAGCUGUUUGGGUAGCCACCGUUAAUAAUUUGGAUUGGCCAUCGAGUAAAACAUUACGGGUUCCUCAACAGAUUCUUGAAUUACAGAGAAUUAUCGAUUACGUCAAAGAGAGUCGUAUGAAUGCUAUUAUCUUUCAAAUACGACCGGCUGGUGACGCUCUUUACAACAGUUCAAUUGAACCUUGGAGUGUUUAUAUGACUAACAGUCAAGGGACUCCACCUUCACCUUUUUACGAUCCCUUGAGUUUUCUAAUAGCAAAAGCCCAUGAGCAGAACAUAGAAGUUCAUGCUUGGGUAAAUCCAUACCGUGCAAAUUUGAGACCGGAUUGGACUGGUUUAGCCCCAAAUCAUAUGGCUAACGAAUUUAGGCAGUAUGCUUACCCGUACGGAAACUAUCUGUGGAUGGAUCCAGGAGCCAAACCUGUUCAAGACCGUCUAUCAAAGGUAAUAAGGGACGUUCUCGAUCGAUACGAUGUUGAUGGUAUCCACUGGGAUGAUUACUUUUAUCCAUAUCCAGUUAAUAGUGUAUCGUUUCCGGAUGAUAAGACUUAUAACGAUUAUCUAUCGGCUGGAGGAGCUUUGCCUAGGGACGAUUGGAGAAGAAAGAACGUUAAUGAUCUUGUCCAACGAGUUUAUAACGAAAUCAAAGCGUUAAAGCGUCACGUUAAAUUUAGUAUUAGCCCAUUUGGUAUCUAUCGACCGGGUCAUCCAGAGGGGAUGCCUCGCCCUAUAGCAGGAUUUGAUCAGUAUACGCAGUUAUAUGCCGAUGCUAAACUGUGGCUACAAAACGGCUGGGUCGACUUUCUGUCUCCUCAACUCUACUGGGAAAUUGAUCCCCCAGCACAAAGCUAUACUACGUUGUUAAAUUGGUGGUGCAAUGUAAAUCAACAGUCAAAAAAUAGACACAUUUAUGCUGGUAACGCUGUUUAUAAAAUUGAAAAUAACGAUUGGCCUGCAAAUGAAAUAAAACGCCAAAUAGAAGUUUCUCGAUCUUUAACAGAAUUAAACUCCCUUGGAAAUGUUCAUUUUCGGGUUAAACUACUUAUGAAUAACAUCAAAGGAAUAGCAGACUUAUUAAAAAAUCACGUUUAUACUAAAGUAGCUGCAAUUCCCCCAAUGCCUUGGCUAGCAAAUUCAACAUUUAUUGAAACGGCAAAAGGAGUUAGAACUGGUGGUUGUUUAAUAAUCUGGAAUAAACCCACGCAACCUGUUCAUAAGUGGGGCCUUUUUAAAUGGAGAGAUAAUGAAUGGUCUCUAACUAACAUUCUUAGCGGAAAAUUAAUUCAUGCUGAAGUAAGAGAACCCGGUAGAUAUGCAGUAGCAGCCUAUAAUGAAGGAUGGGUUAAAAGCAUCCUAUCUGAUCAAGUUGAAGUUACUGAAUUUCAGUUAAACGAAUUUGAUCCCUACUUUGCUGCUGGGUGCGAUCAAUAA